AGUUUCCAAUAUAAAUAUUUUUAAUCGUACGUAAUUAUGUGUUUGUAAUUUUUUUUUUUAUAAUAAUCCGCGACAACUAAUAAGUCGAAAAGCAGUGUUUAACAUCGGAAGUAUUUUUCUGUACGUCGAGGAAAAGGAAAGUCGUUUUCAUAAGAACGCGGGAAAUGUUCAUUCUUACUAAGUACAGUAUUUGAAAUGUCUUUAAGUCUUUAAACGUCUUUAAGACGUUCGCGCAAUUAAAUACCCAUUUUGAUUGAAGAAUGGAUAGAUACGUGUUAUGUAUCGUUUGCAGUUCUCCAGGACAGAGCGGAGGCGAGCUGAAAUGCGCUGAAGGAUUGAGAAUUGCUGGUAGAUUGUAUGAGCUUCUGAAAGAGAACUGCAGGAACUCGGUUAAAUCAGAGCUAUCAUAUUUUCCAGCUUGUUCUUUAACUGGUAUUCCUGUUUUGCAAAAGUCAUUUUUUGCCAUUCAAGUAAUCAAUGGUUUUUCACAGUUCUGCAUUCCUGAAUGGGAAGAAAUCAUUUGUCCCAAGUCUAAAAGUAAUACUGAAGAAAAAUGUAGUUCACCAAUUCAGAUUUGUGAAAAUGCUGUCCAAAGUCUGAAAGAAGCAGGUGAUGACACAGGAUCUCUAUUGCCAGCAGAUAUUUUUGAAGAUGCAGCUGAGAGUUUACAUCAAUUAUCAGAUAAACUUCCUCCUCCUGGAAAGGCACUGGUAGAUGUAAUCUUGAUGUCUCUUGAUGAUAAUACCUCCCUGCUUAAAGAAUACCUACCAGUUAUUGGUUCUUUGAAACAUAUGAAAGAGUGGCACUUUGCUAAAAUAACGUUUGCAACUAAUGAUGCAGUAAGGUGGCAGAGACAUGCUGCAUAUUUAUCAGCUCAAUUUUGUGAUCUUAGUAGUCUUGAAAGCUUCCUAGAUUUGAAGGAAAUCUGGCGUGGAAGCAUUCAUAUUCAUCAGAAAAAGUUUACAUCAGACAUAAGAUUUUCAGGAUUCAGUUUGAAGAGGAUCCAUAGAAUGCCUACAAGCAGCUUGUUUUCUUUAGAGGGCUCAGACAAUUUAUCAGUACGGGCUUCAAACAAAAACUACAAUGAGGUAUUCCAUUAUUAUAAACCUGUACUGGAACUGGUGCAGUUACUGCAGAUUUCUGAUCUUCCACUUUACUUCUAUUCAGGCAUGGAGUUUGAAAUUACAGUAUCGUCAAAGGUAAAACCUAGCCACCAGUCUAAUCUGCUCUUGGAUCAACUGUGUACACUUCAAGGAAAGGUUGGAGCUGUCUUCAGUUUGUCUUGUACUGUAAGUACCAUAGCUAUUCCAUCAGCCAGCCAGCUAAGCUCAAGAAAAUGGAAGGAAUUUAUUAUAAAGAAACCUAAAUCGUUGUCUGGUCCUUGUGUUGAAUUAAAAGGAGAACACUGUAAAUAUUUCCUGCUUGUCCAGGGUAAUGGAAAUGGAACCUGCAAAGCCAGACUUAUUCAUUCUGCUAAUCAGUUAAACGGUGCUGCUGCUAUUUCUACCAUAAAUGGACUGCUGAAAGACAAAGUUAUAUGUAGAGAAGAUGUGUUGACAAAAUGGAUUGACAAUAUAUCUUUCCUAAAUGAAAAUCACCUGCUUCAGAGAGAAGAUAACGUUGCUCAACUCCAAGAAAUUGUACUAAAAGACUAUCUGCGAAACAGAGAAGAAAAUGGGAAACCUGCAUACAUUCAAAUGAAUGAUUUAAAGAAGCUUUGGAUGUUUACAAAGGAAAAAUACAUGGAAUCAUAUGAAGUGGGCCUUCCCAAAACUACUAUUCUUGAGUGGGAUAAAAUGAGAAAUAAUCCUACAGAGCAGCUUGAUCAUGAAAUAAGUCAUCCUCAUUCUUCAGAUUUACCUGAAAAAAGUGCACUUCCCAACCUUGAAAGAAUUGCACAAACGAUGAGAAUGAACACCAUGUUGACCCUAUCUACAGAAUCUAUAUUAGGACCUAGGAAUACUCAUCGAGCGUUUUCUACUCAACUGGAUGCAAAAGAACUACUGAAGUACUUUACACCUGAAGGACUUCCAGUGGUUGAACUGCAGCCACUUGAAAUACAUAAAGGAGAAAACACCUUUCAACCCUUACUUGAUCUGACACCACGGAAGCUGCAACGUCUUUCAUUUAAGGAAGCAACUACAUCCCAUUACCACGGAAUUGAGUUUUGUUUGGAUGAACAAAGAGCUUUGGAACGAGAUAAAGCUUUUGCAAAAUUACAAUCACGUCUUAUUAAAUUUGAGACUCACACUACUUGCUCAAAAGAGUCUUGUGUUGCAGCAUUUGCUCUGAGCCCAGUGCCAUCACCAGCAGUUCUUUCUGAGCCAGGAAGUGUCCCUGAUGGAGAAAUAUUUCAGUCAGAACACAAGACAGAAAUGUCUAAACAAAAGUGCACUUCUGAAGGAACUGAAGGUAUUCAGAUGCGAAAGAGAUUUGCAAAGUCAGCCAGCACAGAUUCUCUCAUUUCCCAAUCUAGUAGCAACAGCAGUGGUCUGAGUCACCUAGUUUCUGCACCACAGUAUCAAAAAACCAGAUCCAUAACAUCCAAUUUCCAUAAGCAGCAACAUAUUGCAUCUUUGAAGUCCACUGCAAAGCAAGAACAUGAUAGCCUUGAAAAGGCUCAGGAGUCAAAAAAGGAAAAUCCAAAAAAAGAAUCUCGGUCUCAAAAACAUACGAAGAUGCUUGAAGAGGUUGUAGCAAAAACAUUAAAGCAUCAUGGUAUUACUGGAGAACACUCAAACUUUUCAAUAUUCAGCCAACGGCUGUUUGAAAUAUGCAAGCUUUAUCUAAAGCAGAGAAAGUUGGCAGUAUCCUGA